AAACUUGAUGCUAGCUGUCCGCUCGCGACUUCUGGGUUACAGCCGACAGUGUAGGCAGCUGCCAAAAUCCUUUGCUCGUAGAAAGGACAUCCUCCUGCGCUGCAAGGGCUUAGUAGGAACCCGGACCCGACUGUGGGAGCCCCUGCUUCGUGGUCCUGUGUUGAAUUAGCAGAUCUAGCGCCCCCCUAAGUUGACAGUCGUAACCCUUCAUCCAACCCACGGGGAAAGGACCGCUGCUCUGUCAGUUUCCUUCCCCGCUCUUGAGCGCCGGGCGAUGCGGUGCUGAGCAGGCGUGAGCAUCGUGAAGGACACACGGACGGACGCGCUUGACCCCUACGGAAGGCUAACCAGGCAGUCCUGCUAAUGUUCCACCAGCUGAGCUUCUAGCUGUAACCCCACCAGGUGGUCCUCUCGUCAACAUCAUGCUGCACCUCCUCCUGCUCCUCCAUCUCCUGGUCUUCUCACUCUCCCCUGCAGAUGCAUCGACGUAUGGGGAGUUACCUGACUUCUAUACAGACGAAGCUACAGGUUACGGGCCAGUGUUUGAGGAGCAGCCGGUGGAUACCAUCUACCCAGAGGAGUCGCCCGAGGCAAAAAUCACCAUGAGCUGCCGGGCGCGGGCCAAUCCAACUGCUACAUACAAGUGGAUGCUGGGGGACACAGAAAUCUUCUUUAACACAGAGAACAGCCAUUACAGUUUAGUCGGAGGAAACUUGGUCAUAAGCAACCCGGUUAAAACACUACAUGUAGGAAAUUACUCCUGUUUGGCUUCCAACAUGUAUGGCACAAUCAUCAGCCAAGAGGCCUCAGUCCAGUUUGGAUAUCUUGAUCUUUUCUCAUCAGAGGAGAGAGAGUCGGUGUACGUCAAAGAGGGACAGGGUGCAGUGCUGCUCUGUGCUCCUCCACCACAUUAUCCAGCCGAGCUUUCUUUUCGAUGGAUCCUCAACGAGUUCCCCACCUUCAUCCCGCUGGACAAACGGCGUUUUGUCUCACAGAUAACGGGUAACCUCUAUAUCUCUAAAGUGGACUCCUCGGACAGCGGAAACUACUCCUGCAUCGCGUCCAGCCAGUCCAUUUCCAAGAGUGUUUUCUCCAACUACAUCCCCCUUGUACCUCAGUCUGAACGUCCCAACAGGAAAUACCCUGCUGACCUAAAAGUCAAGUUCCCAGACACCACAGCGCUGGUGGGGCAGAAUAUCACCUUAGAAUGCUUCGCUUUGGGAAACCCCGUCCCCGAGAUCCGCUGGAAGAAGUUAGACGGGCAGCUUCCAGCCAAUCAUGAGGUGCGAAUGGCCGGGGCUCACCUCCACCUGUAUAACGUGCAGUUUGAGGACGGUGGUACCUACCAGUGUGAGGCAGUGAAUUCAAGAGGGAAGGACUACCAUGCUGCACGUGUGUCUGUAGAAGCUUAUCCUGAGUGGGUGGAGCACAUCAGCAGCAUAGAAAAAGACCUUGACAGUGCUUACACGAUGUCCUGCAUUGCCAGUGGCAAACCUAAACCACGCAUCCGCUGGCUGAGAGAUGGAAAACAGAUUGACAGGAAAGAAAUGAGCUUCAGCAGAUUGACGUUUGAAGACUCAGGGAUGUAUCAGUGCAUAGCCGAGAAUCGCCACGGAAUCAUAUAUGCCAAUGCAGAGCUGCGUGUGUUCGCCUGUGCUCCAACGUUCAAACACAACCCAGUGAAGAGAGUUCUGGCAGCGAGGAAUGGCCGGGUGGUGAUCCAGUGUCGACCUAAAGCAGCUCCAAAGCCGACCUUCUCCUGGAGCAAAGACACGGAAUUACUUUCUAACUCCACUAGGGUGUUCAUCUGGGAGGAUGGGAGUCUGGAGAUCCUCAACGUGACACGUUCAGACGAAGGCAGGUACACCUGCUUUGCUGAGAAUGACAGAGGAAAGGCCAACAGCACAGGCUCUCUGCUGGUUACAGAGUCCACAAAGAUCACCUUGGCUCCGUCUAAUGCUGAUGUUAAAGUGGGUGAGAAUGCCUGGAUGCAAUGUGCCGCAUCCCACGACCCCUCUUUGGACAUCACCUUCAUAUGGUCCCUAGAUGGCAGGGUCAUCGACCUUCACAAGGACAGCCAGCAUUAUGAACGCACCCCGAAUGGAAGCUCAGACGGCGAGCUACUGAUCAGGAACGCCCAGCUGAAGCAUGCCGGACGCUACACCUGCACUGCACAGACCCCCAUUGACAAUGUUACCGCCUCCGCCCACCUGGUUGUCAGGGGUUCCCCCGGAGCUCCAGGUGGGGUGCGAGUGGUGAAUAAAACUGACAAGAGUGUGACGCUACAGUGGAGCCGUGGGGCAGACAACCACAGCCCUAUCUCCAAAUAUACCAUCCAGUACAGGGACUCCUUCUCUAAGGAUGUUUGGAAGACUGCCACUACAUCUCCUGCAGAUGUUGAGGGGAACACAGAGACAGCCACAGUGGUGGAUCUGUUCCCCUGGACAGAUUAUGAGUUCAGGGUGAUUGCCACCAACACUCUUGGAACAGGGGAGCCGAGCAGCCCUUCACCCAAAGAGAAAACCCUGGAAGCAGUUCCUGUGGUGGCGCCCUCGGACGUCGGCGGGGGCGGAGGGACCAGCAGAGAGCUGACCAUCACAUGGACGCCUGUGCAACCCCAGUACUACUAUGGGCCUAAUUUUGGCUACAUUGUGGCUUUUAAACCACAAGGCGGGAAUGAAUGGAUGAAGGUGACGGUAGCAGACCCCCAGGCAAAGCAUUACGUCCACAAAGACUCCAACAUCCCUCCAUCAACAGAGUAUCACGUCAAAGUCAAAGCAUUCAACAGCAAAGGAGAGGGACCCUACAGCCUGACAGCCAGCAUUUUUUCUGCACAGGACGCUCCAUCUGAAGCUCCUGUUAGUGUUGAAGGCAGAGCUCUUUCUGCUACAGAAGCCUUCGUAGGUUGGCUGCCUCUCCCACAGGGCAAUGUAGACGGGUACCAGAUCAAGUUCUGGAUGAAUCAGGAUGACAGUGAAGGGGGAGCACAGAGGGUGGUGGUAUCUAGCAGGGACAACCAUACCAGGCUGGAGGGAAUGAAGCCCGACUCCUACUACCUUAUCGAGGUCCGGGGCUACAACUCAGCAGGAUACGGGCCACCCAGUGAACGCCUGCAAAUACAAACCAAGAAACCCCCUCCAAGUCAAGCCCCUAAAAUAACUGUGAAAAAAUUCAAGGGGGCAUCUGUAUAUAUUGCCUGGGAACAAGUGGAACCGCUGCCUAACGAGGCUCCCAUCGAUGCUUACAAAGUGCUCUGCAGGGAGGAGGGCUUCUCACAAGGCACCCUGUACACCACCAGUAGACGGCACAUAGACCUUCGCCUCCAACCAGACAAGAACUAUGUGGUGGAGGUUCGGGCACACACAGAGGGAGGAGAUGGGGCAGUGUCAAAAAUCACCGUCGCAGGAACCCAAGGAUACAGAAGUGGAGGUGUCAUGGCCGCCCGAUCCCUCAGUGUACUCUCCCUGUUCCUGGUAGCUCUCCUCUGCCUGAACCUCUGAAUGUAGCGCCAUCUUUGUCUUCACAUACAGUGAAGGAGACUCUUUAUGGUUGACGCCCAUGAGGACUUGAGGACUCUUUCCACAAACUUCUGGUUCCACCCUGUAAAACCCGGGACAUCAUAUUCCAACUCUUUCCCCCUUCUCUUGUGGAAUAUGUCAGUGGAAAUGGAAAAAAAAAAAAUCAAAAAUGGACAACGACAUCCCUUAUUUAUCCACAACAAGCCUCUUUGGAGGAGUGUCAAAGGAGUUCUGUCAACUUUUUAAAUAUGCCUUAUAUAAAUGACUGCACUUAUCUCUCACAAUAACUUGUCUGGAAAUGGAUCAUGACUGAAAGUGUGAGAAUUACACUUUGUUAAGCUUAGAGCGAGUCCUUUACAUCAUGAAGCUGACAUUUCCCUCUCUGUUUGGAAGUGUAGGCUUCAUUUGAUUUGUGAUGUUUCAUUGCAUUCCAUAGUGACAAAUUAAACAAGUAGCUGUGAAGGAUAUGUGCACUCGUUUAUAAAAAUGUCUUUGUCUUUCUUUACCUGCAGUUCAGUGGCGUUUUUUAUCUCUUUUCUUUUUUUAAAAUGAAGCACACCCCUUUGUUACAGAGAUACAGUCAAAGCAAAUCUCAACCGUGAAUUUAUAUCAUAGAGGAAAAAUAUGUCAUGCUGAAAUAUUAUAUCAAUUAACUGAUGUUUUUAAAUCUAAUAUAUUAUGGAUGUUAUUUGACUUGCAAUCAAUGCUUAUUUCCAAAUCAUAACAUGAGCUCUAACAGAAUACCAGUGUGCGUGUUGGCAUUGUUACAAUGAGGAAAAGUCUGAAAUGGUUCAAAAGAGUAAACGGCACAUGGAUCCACACUCGCAAAGCUGAAUGUAAAAGGAGUGAACAGAACAUAUCAAAUUUGCACUUUUUAAUAGAGUUGUUCUGAUUUUGAUACCAGUAUUAGAAAUAGGGAUCAGUAUUGAAAUUCUGUACCAACAUGGUACUGGUUCUGUACCAACAUAUCCAAUACCUACUGGACCGAAUUACAACACAGGUAAUGAUACUUCAUUUUGGUAACCUGCCACCCCAAAUGAAAGGCAAGGAAUACAUUAUGGAAUGUGUGCAAUUAUCUCAUGUUUGACUGGCAUCUUAUAAAGAUAUUUCUGCAAAUCAUUUAUGAUACCUAAACAGCUUUUAUUCUCCAGCUGACUUUCAACAUGUUUUUUCUCUCAAAAUGAUCAAUUCAGGCAGUGUUUAGGCAUUGGCACCGUAUAAAAAGUAUUAAUUUAGUACUGGUAUCAGAAAUAAAACAAACAAUACCCAACCCUAAUUGGAAAUACGCCCGAUACUGCUUAAAAUGCAGGUAUUGUUUCUUUAAGAUUUAUUU